AUGGGGGAUAUUACAAAGAGCAACUUUGACAUAGAAGCAAUGAAGUGCGUGCUGUUACUUGCGGCGGCGAUGACAGUGGCCACUGUGCAAGGUGACGUUGUUAAUCAGUCGAUCAAACGCACGUUCGACUUGACUAAGCAUGUAGUCCGUGAGCUUACCGAGUAUCAGUUUUCGAACGCCGAUGCCAAGGUUCUGACAUACGACGUAGCUUUUCCGCGCACGAUCGAGACUCAUAUGGCCUACGUCGCAGCGCGCUGUGGUAAGAUACCGUGCGAGAUCGUGCCAGCGACAUCCAAGCACGCGGCCAAAGCAAGAACACCUGAGGAUGUGGCACUUUACUCGGUUUUGUUAAAAAAACCUUUGGAAAAGGGUGAAAUAGGAACCGUAAAAGUCACUGCCUACUUUACGCGCGUGCUUACGCCCUAUCCAGCCGAAAUUACUCAGACGGAAGAUCAGCUUGUGCUCUUUGAAAAUUACUUUUUCGUUUUCUCACCCUACGCCACCAAGACGCAGACAACCAAGCUUAAACUACCUUUGGGAAAGGUGGAAAAGAUCAGCGCCGCCGAGCCUAUUUCGAGAAAAGGCUCGAUAGUUACUCUUGGACCUUACACCGAUGUCAAAUCAUUCGGUGCAGGGGUUGACUCCUCGGCCAUGAGUGUGCAUUACAAGAACCAUGCCCCAUUCAUGACCAUCACAAAACUCGUGCGUGAAAUUGAAGUGUCCAUGUGGGGCCGCGUGUCCUUGGAGGAGGUGUACGACUUGGAACACACUGGUGCCAGGCUCAAGGGUGGAUUCUCUCGCCUAGACUAUGUGCAGUCACAGCAGCGGGGCGCUUCAUUUUACGAGAUGAAUGCGCAUCUGCCAAAAGACUCUGUUAACGUGUACUAUCGGGACCAGAUUGGGAACAUCUCUACUUCGCGUUUACGCCCUGCGAGUCGCUCGGGCUCGUACCAGGAACUUGAGUUUAAGCCGCGGUUUCCUAUGUUUGGUGGAUGGAAGAGCCAGUGGUAUCUUGGCUACUCGGUUCCUACAUACUCAGUGCUUACGCACGUCGACAACAAGUUCAAACUUAAAGUUGACUUCUCGACUCCUGUUCAGGGUGCUUCGGUAGAUGAUCUUACAGUGAAAGUUAUUCUCCCAGAAGGUGCCACUAACGUACGGGCAACCGUCCCAUUUGGCUUGGAUAGUCAAAGCAAGACGACGCGUCAGACGUACCUGGACACGCCUGUGAUCGGCCGUCCUGUGCUGAUUCUGGAAAAGAAGAAUGUGGUGGCUGCUCACAAUGUGCCUUUCGAGAUAACAUUUGAUUUUCCGAAGCACUUCAUGAUGCACGAGCCUAUAUUGUUGGUAUCGGCUUUUCUAUCCUUCUUUGCGAUUUGCAUGCUUCUUUUCCGUUUGGACAUCAGCAUUGCAAAGAAGCCCACCAUGAAGAAGAAGACGGAGUAA